GCUGGAGAAGCGGGUUGUGUCUACACUGGCAGCUUCUUGCACAAGAACGUCUUGUGCAAGGGUUCUUGUGCAAGAAGUCUUGCACAAGAAAACGUGCACACUGCCACGUGCCAGCUGUGCGUUUGCACAAGAGCAUCCAGGGCAGUGCGGGCGCUCUCUCAAACAGGAAAGCUUUGAUGGCCACUUUAGCCAUAGGGCUUUCUAGCCCAAGAAACCCCUGCCCAGUGUCCACACUGCCCUCUUGCACAAGAGCGCUUACACUUGUUAGACAACAGCGUAGCCCUUGUGCAAGAAGCCCUCUCUUACCACGCCGUACUGUAAAUCGUCUUGCGCAAGAGCGGGCGGGCAGUGUGGACGUUCUGCGGAUUCUUGCACAAGAGCAACUGUUCUUGUGCAAGAACCCGCCAGUGUAGACAUAGCCUUAGCUGCAUCUUAUAGGUAGCUCUCAAGACAUAAAAGUCAGAAUACAGUUGGUGAAGUGGGAGAGAUCAGAUCUGUUUCAGUAAAUACUGAGGGGGUCGCAGUACACUUCAGAUGUGUCCCACACACACGCACGGUGGUGUCAUGCAUUUGACCAGUGCUUCACUCUAAGCAAAUUAGAAAGAAAUGUAAAGGCAAAAAAAAUGCAUGGGAGGAUGAUGCACUGGUGAUGAUGGAGGAGCACAGGUUGUCAUUAGGUCUAAUCGUUUUACAAAACUAGGUUCUACAGUAGAAUGGCUUGGCACUGGAAAUUAAAAAGUAAAUUGCAAAAUAGAUACAGAUUUGAAUCUCUGUACUCCAGCACUCUCUGGUCUGGCAACGUCUGUGGUUUGGUGUGAUUUUAGUUAGCUAGAUGUCCACUUGUCACGCGGGGAGCCAGGUUUCCCAUGGUCCCACAAAGUUUUACAGCCACUAGCUUUGGCGCUUAGUGUCCUGUGCCGUUAUUUUGCUCUAAUUUACCCCUAAAUGUCUUCUAAGAGCUCAGUAAGCAGUAGAAGUUCCACAAAUUCUUUGGUUCAGCACAAGUCAGAUCCCAAGGGUACUGAACUAGAGAGGUUAAACCUGUACUAGAGUCCAAUUCAGUGUAAUCGAAGCAGGUGCAUGUGAAAUGGUUAGUGACUGCUUCAUGUUAAAUAUUAAAACCACACCUUUAAAAAUAAUUUUGGAUGCAUACCAAAGGGUUUUGGAACUUGAUAACAUCCAGAAUUGGAUCUUUAACUCCCUUUUUAUUUGGAAUUGCCUCCACACCAAAGAAUCAUGCCCUGUUCCUGGCUCUGACACUUCCCGUACCACACACCAAAGUUUUAUUUCUAUAAAAAAUGAUAAAUCCCGGAAACUAUUUUGAUUUAAUUUUGCUUGCAGGUUAUUUCGUCACUGAGAAUUUCCUUGAAUAAAUGAAUAGUAACUGCUCACCAUGUCCCUCAGUCAAAUGCCAGUUACUGGGCUGCCAGCUAUAUCCACACCAGAGGGCAGAAAAAUGAAAGGUAGCUUAUCUCUGGUACCUGUCAGCAGGACAAAUGCAGAGCUCCCUGAGCUAAGAAACAAAUCGAGUAUUCUGGACCGUUCAGGGCGUCUUCCCACUUCCCUACAGUGUGAUUUCAUCCCAGAAGAGAUUCUCCUAGCAUUGACCUCUGCUGCCAGUACUGCCUAUAGCCCUGAAUACUUAAGACCCCCCAAGAAAAUCAAAAGUGCAAAGGACUUCAAGGGGAGCAUGCGUGUCCCAGAUGGGCUCUGGCAUCAUCCUAUUCGCAGAAACAAGUUCAGAUACCUCAUAGAUCAUCCCAUCUGUCUGACAGGAGCUGGAAGGGAUGUCUCUUUUCUAUUUGAUGUAGCUGGAAAAGAAGAUGAAAGAAAGAAAUCUCCAGCAAGAUUGUUACCCGAACCACAUCGUUUUGACUCAUCUGUGACUAGUACUACAAGUGUAAUAGGGAGCCUGGUCCCUGAAGAAUUUCACAUUGUGAAGAACAGAGGAGUCUUGGGCUUGGAGUAUUACGAUGAUAAAUAUACAACUCUACUCGAAGAUAGCGAAAAUAGACUGCGGCUAUUCCCAUCCAUGAAGCCAUCUGGGAGAUUAGAAGUCAUCCAGCUGAUGAAGGUGAUGGACACAAUGCUGGAGAAGGUUGGAGCAGAUGAUGAUCAAAUUGGGAUAACAGGACCUACACAGCUGCACAAUGUGUUGGAGGUGCUGAAGGUAGAGCAAAAUAUUUACAACAUAGUGUUCCAUGAACUGAUUCGACAGGUCAGUGUGGAUUGUGCAGAGAGAGGAGAACUGCUUUCUAAGCUUAGGCAGAGGUACGUGGGUCUGCUGGAUCGGAUCCCUCAACAGAUGAGAAACCUUUACAAAGAAAUGAUGGCACAACGAGUAAUGGACAGGCAUCUUACAGAAGAGUUACACAAUUUCAAGGAAUCUGUUGGACAGCUGACCAGUGAGCUGCGCGAGGUCCGAGAACGCGACGUCAGGGUGACCAAAGAAGCAGAACGGGUCCAUGAGGAGAUGGCUGAAGCAGUCCGGGAUGCUGAGCUGAAUGCAAAUCUUGUGGAAGAAUAUCGUGAGUUGUAUGAGUUACAGAGAGCCAGGCUUCAGACCCAGCUGUUCCAGUUAACCCAAGAGAAGGAAAUCUGGAGCUCAGCUACAUAUGACCUGGCAAUGAAGGUGAUUGAAAGAAACCAGCUGACGUUGGCUCGCAGGCUCUAUGUUAGUGAAAAGGCAUGGACCAAAAUCACCAAGCACUUUGUAGUGCUUCUGGCAUCCCAGGACACAGCAGACCUUUCCGAUUUGCAGGAGAUGACGGAGCAGUUCAGGGAGUUGUUGGGCAGCAUUGGAAUUGAAGUGGAACAGGCUGAGAACUCCAGCAGGAAGAAGCUGCAAAUUGUUCAGAAUAGCCUUAACAAGUGGAUGCAGUACUUCCAGGAGCAUGUUUUUGGGAAAGCAAGCUUCUCUGCUAUAAAAAGAGAUGUAUUAGAAGAAAUCCUAAAGGACUUCAAGAACUUGGAAAAUAUGCUGAAUGAGGACCUGGAGCAAUAUGGAGGGGAAAUUCUACUAAUGAGGAAGGAGACCCUCAAGACUGCUGUCAACCUGCAGAAACGUUGGACGGAGCUGGGACAAAUGGUGUUUAGUCGUCACAAGGAUAUUAAUGGGGUGUUGCCUCCAGAGCUCAGGGCUAUGGAAGAAUUAAAUGAACAUGCAAGUGAGCUCUGCCGACAGUACAGCAUAAGAAUAAAUGGGGACAAUGGGGUAACUAGGAUUUUGACAGGUUUAGUGAGCAGUAUGGAAGAUUGGACGUUCAAGAUGCUAACCAACAAGCGAGGAUCUGGCAUGCCUGAAUCUGAAUGGCUGAAGUUGUCUCAAGUGAUGCCUGAUUGGCUGAUCCAGGUGGCCGAACUGAGGACAAUUAUAGGUUCCAGCCAGUCCCGGGAAGAUCUCAGGAGUAAAAAACUUCAUGACUUGGUUGUUCCAAGUGAUGUGUUUAAGAUGAUUCAACAAUGGAUCUUGACCACAACUUCUGGGACUGAGAAGGACAAUCUUCAGCUUACAGAGGAAAUGACUGAACUCCACAAAGCCCUGACCAUGUGGAUGGUGAAUGUGCUGACUUUGAUGGUAUCGGACCACUCCUCCAAUAAGGGUCUCCUAGAGAGCGAGUCAGAAGCUGCUCAGGAUCAAGAGCUCAAGAGGCUAAGUGGCUAUUAUCUAGAGGAAGAUGCAAGGAACCUGGUUUCCAAAAUGAGCAGUUUCUCCAAAUAUAUCAUGAGCUGCUGCAAGGAGAUGGUAGAGGUUACAGUUCGGAAGAAACAAGAUGAAUUGCAUUCAGACGACGAUUCUGAGCUCCAGGAACUGGAGAAAAUCAAGACUGAGUGCCUGGACUGGGUUAAUACCUGCAAUUUCCUGCUUUCGGAAUUCAAAGGUUCUCCCGUCUCCUUACUGAGUUCAGAAGAGAAGACGAACCUGUUUGGGCCUCAGGAGUCUCGGCCACAGAUGCACUCAGAUGAUGCAGAGUCGUCUUUACCUGAAGAAAUUUCUGAGUCUUCUAAACUUGGGAAGGGCAAAACUGAAGAUGUUGAUGUUGAAAAGAAAUCUGUAAAAUGGGAAGAAGUGUUAGGGGCAAAGCAGGAGCCACCUGUGCCAGUUAUCAGCAGUGAGCCCCCGACUGUAAGCGGUGAGGUACCUGAGGACACCAUCAGAAUCGUGGGACAUGACGCCAACAUCCAUUUGAAAUCCCUCAAGUCAACAACAGUGUCAGUCUCUGGGAGAGAGAUGACUGCCAGCAAGUCAACAACCUCCUAUUCUCAAAAGGAGUUUGAGAUGUUGGCUACUCUGGACCGUUUGCAAGAGCAGCUCCUAGAUGCUGAGAUCCGUGCUCAAACUGCAGAGGAGAGAUCAGAAAGUCUGGAUGAGCAGCUGGAAGAAGCUCUGGGGAAAAUCCAAGCUCUAGAGAAACAACUGGAAAAAGCAACCCAACCUCAGGAAGAAUCACCAAAACUAGAAGUCCCUUCCCAUGAAGAGCCCAAGCCAACUUCUCAUAAACCAUCUUCUACUGCCCGGUCGAGGAGAGCCAGCAAACCCAAACAUUAAAGAAUAGCCAUGCACAGCGAAGGUCGUUUGGUUCCCCAUUUGUAGUGCCUGGCAUUCCACCACGCAGCACUAGGUCACGACCCUAAGUUUGAAAACCCCUAGGCCUAGAGAAUUUAAUAUGACU